AUUUUAUUUUCUACUCAUCGCGUGUAGAAUUAUAUUUUUAUAACCGAAAUCGUUGUACACUCUAGUAGAACAUUAUAUUUAGGUCGCUUGUCAAAAUUUGUUUCGCGCAGAUUUGAAUCGAUCACAGCAGAAUAUUAGCGGAUAUCCGGCGCCUCCAUACACGUUGUCUCUACCGCUCUAGGGAAUAGAGCCCGUCGCAGCGUUUCUUUCUUUUCUGAACAGGCGCAGUCCGAGACAACUCGCAAAAGGAGUAGAAGGCUCCUACAUAACCUGUCACUACCAAUAAAUUGUAUGAGUCAGAAGGUAGAAAAACCAGUAUUAUCGGGUCAACGGAUCAAGACCAGAAAAAGAGAUGAGAAAGAGAAGUACGACCCAAACGGGUUCCGCGACGCGCUCGUGCAGGGUCUUGAGCGCGCGGGCGGCGACCUCGAGGCGGCGUACAAGUUUCUAGACGCCGCCGGCUCCAAGCUCGACUACCGUCGCUAUGGCGAGGUCAUCUUCGACGUGCUCAUCGCCGGCGGCUUACUGCUGCCCGGCGGUGGCGUGUCGAUGGACGGCGAGAGUCCCAAGACGAACACUUGCAUCUUCAACGCCAGUGAGGACAUGGAAUCCAUGCGCAAUUUCGAACAGGUAUUUGUGAAGCUGAUGCGCCGAUACAAAUAUCUGGAGAAAAUGUUUGAAGAGGAGAUGAAAAAGGUGCUCGUGUACUUGAAGGGUUUCGAGCCAGCCCAGCGCAUCAAGCUGGCCCGCAUGACCGCGCUCUGGAUCGGCAACGGGUGCGUGCCGCCGUCGGUGCUGCUCGUGAUGCUGAACGAGCACAUCGUGAAGGACAACCUCGCGCUCGACUUCGUGCUCGAGGUGUUCACCUGCGUGAAGCAGGAGCGCGGCACCGCCUCGCUCGUCACCGCGCUCAAGAAGGGCCAGCUCGAGGGCAGGUUGCUGGAGUUCCUGCCCCUGAACCGGCGCACGGAGGAGGUGCUGGCGGCCGCCUUCGCGUCGCGCGGCCUCGCCGAGCUGCUGCGCCUGCACCGCGCGCAGGCCUCGCAGGAGGCGCGGCGGGAGCUGACGCGCGCGCUGGAGGACGAGCUGGCGGACGAGAAGCCGGUGCGGGACCUCAUCCAGGAGCUGCGCGACAUGGCCGUCAAGCACGCCAUCCCCGACCACGAGGUCGUGGCCAUCAUUUGGACGUGCGUCAUGAACCGCGGCGAAUGGAACAAGAAGGAGGAGCUGCUGCCGGAGCAGGCGGCCAAGCACCUGCGGCACUACACGCCGCUGCUGGCCGCCUUCGCUCAGUCGGCCAAGGCGGAGAUCGCGCUGCUCACCAAGGUGCAAGAAUACUGCUAUGAGAACAUGAGCUUUAUGCGCGCGUUCAGCAAGCUGGUGCUGAUGCUUUACAAGAGCAACGUGCUGUCCGAGGAGGCGAUCCUCAAGUGGUACCGCGACCCCAACUCCAGCAAGGGCAAGCUCAUGUUCCUCGACCAGAUGAAGAAGUUCGUCGAGUGGCUGCAGAGCGCUGAGGAAGAAUCCGAGAGCGGUGAGGAAGAAGAUUAGAGUAAGCGCAGCGUGAGACUGACUCCGACGCGCCGACCGGCGCACACAGAUAAUAAGCGUACUAUGAAUAAUAACAUAUAAUAAUUAAACUAAUUGUUGAACACCGGCAGUAGGGGACGAUGUUUUCUACACUGUAUAUUCAUUUCUAAAGUAACAUGUUGAAAUACAAUAUUUUUUAUUCAAUUUUUUUAGGAAAAUUCCAAUAAAUGGUGGCAACACUCA